AUGGAAGAUAGCCCUCAGCGGGCCUUGCAAGGCCUGGGCUCCUUCCCGUGGUAUGUGGGGGGGACUCAGGUUCUGGGCCUGGCCUGUGUGGUGAUCACGGGCGUGUGGAUGGGCAGCUAUCACGGAGGCUACGCCUGGGACGGUUCGGGACAGGAGUUUAAUGUACAUCCCCUCUGCAUGGUCCUGGGCCUGGUCUUUCUCUAUGGAGAUGCGAUCCUGGUGUACAGAGUAUUUAGGAAUGAAAGCAAACGCAACGUCAAGGUUCUCCAUGCUGUGCUCCACCUUCUCGCCCUCAUUAUCAGCGUAGUGGGUAUCGUGGCUGUGUUUGACUUCCAUAAUCAUAACAAGAUCCCCAACAUGUACUCCCUCCACAGCUGGUGUGGCAUGCUCACCUUUGUUCUCUUCUGUGUACAGUGGCUGAUGGGGCUUGGUUUCUUCCUCUUCCCUGGGACGUUAAUGGUGCUGCGGAGCUGGUACCUGCCACUACAUGUCUUCUUUGGCCUGGCCAUGCUCGCCAUGUCCCUAGCCACCUGCCUACUGGGCAUUUCAGAGAAAUUGUUCUUCAGUAUCCAACACACAUAUUCACAGUUUGUCCCAGAGGGGAUCCUUGGUAACAUGCUAGGACUGCUGCUAGUAGCAUUUGGGAUUCUGGUAGGCUACGUGGUGACACGGGAGGACUUCAGGAGACCCCCGCACCCAGAGGAAGAGGCCUUAUCUGUGCACUUUAAGACCCUGACUGAGGGGGGAGGGAGCCCCACCUCACCUUAAACCAGGAAACCACUCUGGUCUGAAAAGCUACUGUGUGCUCAGGCUUUUAUAAAAAAAUAAAAAAAAGUUGGUGUAUGAGAGCUGGGCUGGAACAAAAGCCUGCACACCCAGUAUCUCUCCAGGACCAGCUGGAGAUCUGGCUGAUAUGCUGUCUUUAUUUCAUGUCACAUCAAGAGCUGUUCUACACCCCCUUGUGGUGAAAUGGAGGUAUGACAGGACUGAUUUGACCAAUGUAUUUGAUUGCUGCCACAGAUUAGCCAUCACAAAAGUGCCAUAUUAGGGCUCUAUAAACUAAAAUAGCCUUUGCUAAAUGUUCAGUGAGGACAACGCCAUGUGUCAUGCCUUCAUCUAGGGCAGUAGGGUUAUACUUUGUUUAACAAGAAGUAACUUCCAGUAUUACAAACUCGACU